AUGGCGCCUUCACGAACUUCUUCAGAUCCUCCACCAGCCGCCCAAGGCCUCACAAAGGAGCAGCUAGCAACCUUCGAACGAGAUGGGUACCUUAUCAUCCCGAACGCCCUGUCCGCCUCCAAAGUCUCCGAGCUCCUCGCCGAAACCCACUCCCUGUUGGACAGCUUCUCCCUCUCGGACCACCCCAUGACCAGAUUCUCCACGGGGGAGAAGAGCGACCAUGUAGGCGACGACUACUUCCUGUCCAGCGGCGACAAGGUGCGGUUCUUUUUCGAAGAAGAUGCAUUCGACCCCGACGGCACCCUCACCAAGCCCAAGGAGAGAGCCAUCAACAAGAUAGGCCACUAUCUCCACGUCCUCUCCCCGCCCUUCGCAUCCCUCCUCUCGCCCUCCGCUGCGCACUCCCCGUCCCUGAUCGCCCGCUCCCUCGGUUUCCGCGAGCCGCAAUGUCUACAGAGCAUGGUCAUCUGCAAGCAGCCCGAGAUUGGAGGCGCUGUGCCCCCACAUCAGGAUUCUACGUUUCUGUAUACGGAUCCGCCGAGUGCCGUCGGAUUUUGGUAUGCGCUUGAGGAUGCGACAGUUGAGAAUGGGUGUUUGAGUUUCCUGCCCGGUAGCCAUAAGAGUGCGGAGAUUAAGCAGAGGUUCGUGAGGAAGAGGGACGGGUCGGGUACGGAAUUUAUCGUUAAUGAGGGAAGGCAAUUCCCGGCGGGUGCAGGAUAUGGUGCUGAGAAGGCGGAGGGGGAGUAUGUGCUGGGGGAGGUCAAGGCGGGAAGUCUGGUGCUGAUUCAUGGGAAUUUGCUGCAUAAGAGUGAGAAAAAUGUCGGUCAGAAGGGGAGGAUCAUUUAUACAUUCCACGUCAUUGAAGGGGAGGGAGCAGUGUAUGAUGAGAGAAAUUGGUUACAGCCACCUGAGGAAGGCUUCACAAAGCUGUAG